CAGUGUUUUAGACAUGUCCAUGUCAGGAAUUUCAGGCAAAGCUCCGAUGUGGUUCUGGAAUUGGACUUCAAACAUUACAUUUAUCAAUCUCUCUAACAACCACAUAGAAUGUAAUGUAUCAGACAUUUUUCUGAGUUCUACUGUCAAAGUGCUCGAUAUAGCUAACAACUCAUUUUAUGGACCCAUUUCUACUUUCUUAUGCCAAAAGAAAAUUAGAAAGAAUGAAUUAGAAGUUUUAGAUGCAUCAAACAAUCUCUUAUCAGGAGAACUUUCUCACUGCUGGAAGUAUUGGCAGUCUUUGAUCCAUUUAAACUUAGGGAGCAAUAAUCUGGUAGGUAGAAUUCCCUACUCCAUGGGGGCUUUAGUUAACCUCCAGGCAUUGCGUUUACAAAACAAUAGCGUCUAUGGAGAUAUUCCUUCAUCGUUGAAAAAGUGCUCAAAUAUGAGGCUUAUUGAUAUGGGUGAUAAUCAUUUGUCCAUCAUACCACUAUGGAUUGGAGAAAUGACAAAUCUUACAGUUCUCCGUCUAAGAUCAAGUGAAUUCAAGGGUUAUAUACCUCAACAAAUAUGCCAACUUUCUUCUCUUAGAGUAUUGGAUCUUGCCAAUAAUAGCCUAUCAGGAUCCAUACCAAACUGCUUGAAAAAUAUUAGUGCCAUGACAUUACCAAAUUCCAAUGUUAUAUCAUUUAUGUAUUUGAAUAUAUAUGCUGAGAAUGUUCGGUUGGUUCCCAAAGGGAACGAAAUGGAAUACCAAGAGAACCUUAAAUUAGUUAGGCUUAUAGACCUUUCAAGCAACAACUUGUCUGGAUCAAUCCCUGCUGAAAUUUCAAAUCUUUCCAAAUUACGUUUUUUGAAUUUGUCUCGAAAUCAUUUAAUGGGAAAGAUACCAGAAAAAAUUGGGAGUAUGAAAGAGUUAGAGUCAGUUGAUCUCUCAAGAAAUCAUUUAUCGGGUAAAAUUCCUCCAAGCAUGUCUAAUUUGACAUUUCUUAGUCUCUUGGACUUGUCAUACAACAACCUCUCAGGUACAAUUCCUUCAAGCACCCAGCUUCAAUCAUUUGAUGCUCUUAGGUACAUUGGAAAUCCUCAAUUAUGUGGUGAUCCUCUUCCAAAAAGCUGCACAAUUGAGGAACAAUCUUUGAAUAAAUCACCAAUUGGUAGUGUUGAAGAUGAUUCUAAAAACUCCAGCUUCUACAUUGGUAUGGGAGUUGGAUUUGCAAUUGGCUUUUGGGCAAUUUGUGGAGCUCUGUUCUUUAAUAGGACUUGGAGGCAUGCUUAUUUUAGAUUUGCUGAUGAAAUAAAAGAUUGGAUUUAUGUGACUACAAUGAUAAAGAUGAAUCACUGGAAAAGCUAAAAGUCUGCCUUAGCAAGUGAAGCAUCGUUAUCUAGCCAAAAGGUUGGACUCAAUGAAGUUACAAGAAGUUACAGUUUUUGAGUGUUAGUAGAGACAAUGAUUGCUGCAAGUAAGACAUCUAGAAGAAUUACAAAAUUUUAUAAGAAUGCACAAGUGCAAAAGUGAACGACAUUUCUUGUGGUUAAAUGUGCAAAAAUGAGGUGCUUGUGGAGCUAAAUGUGUAUUUUGAAAUUGAAGAACACUUAGAUAUUUUUUUGUUAUUGUUUGAAAUAGUUCGAGGAUUACUACUAUAGGUUAUUUAAUGUUACUAUUUUGAAUAUGUUAAUCAGUGCAAUUUAAUAUAUAUGAUAUUUAUUG